CAUUGUUCUUCGUAGCUCGCAGAAAUUAGGGCGAAUUGUUCUUUCGUGAACCCUAAUUUUCAUAUCUUAUAGAUUUUUUAAAAUUUUUGGUUCUUUUGAGGGUUUGGAAUUGGCGCGCAAGUGGGAAGAAUCAAGAGCUCUUUGAUUUUGAUUUUCCCGCCCUGUUCUUCUUGAUUCUUCCUUCUGAUUUCCUCGCCGGUGGGCUUCACCGGGGUCGUUGUUUUGUUACGAACGGGUUCGUUAAGGUUUUUGGGUUCCUUUUCAUGGCGUCUGCUGUUUUAGCGAAUCACGAACCCAGUUGGCCUACGAGCAAACGCAACGGGAGUGGAGGAGGAACGUUUAUGGCGAGAGUUCCGUUCUCAAACCCUAAAUCUAAAUCUAAUAUGAAAAAGAGGAAAACUAAUGGUGAAAUUAACAACUUCCAUCAGAUGGGUGAAGAAAUGGGCAACGUGACAACUCUGUCUCCCUCGGAUAAUGGGUCUUCCAUUGAUCGUUACCAUGGAUCUUCGAACUUCGAGUACAGCCAAUAUGUGAGUUUCAAUAUAACUUCGUGUUCUGGGAGGGAUUUGUUUGAGCUGAGGAAGCGCUUACUGGGAGAACUUGAACAAGUUAGACGAAUCAAGAGUCGUAUUGAAUCUGGGAACAUUAGUUCUGGACCUAAUUAUCUCAAAAAAUCUUCUAAGACGAAGGGACUGAACAAGCGGCCGAAGGUGCUACCUAGUUUUGGCAAAGAUUUGCAGGUUCCAAAUUCGUUUGAAGUUGGGAAUCUGAUGAAGACUUGCGCUCAAAUCUUGAACAAAUUGAUGAAGCAAAAGUAUGGGUUGAUCUUUAAUAAACCUGUGGAUGUGGUUGGGUUGGGUCUUCAUGACUAUUAUGAUAUUAUUAAGCAUCCUAUGGAUUUAGGGACUGUGAAAUCUACGCUGUCUAAGAAUUUAUACGACUCACCUUUGGAUUUUGCUGAAGAUGUUAGGCUAACAUUUAACAAUGCCAUGAGGUACAACCCCAAGGGUCAUGAAGUUCAUAUAUUGGCUGAACAGUGGUUAGUGAAAUUUGAGGAAAUGUUUCUUCCUGUUAGUCGGAAGCUGGGUGCACUGAAGCAGCCAGAUCCCUAUGAAGAGGAAUUGCAAUCCAGUUCAUGGAAUCAUGUUGAGGAGGUGGAGAAUGUGAAUUUCAACUCAAAUGGGAACAAACCCGUAGAAGUGGUGGUGCCGUCGAGCUUGACGAAGCCUCCUUCAGUUCAAUCACCAGUGAGAACCCCAUCACCAGUGAGAGCACCUCAGGUGAAGCCUGUAAAGCAGCCAAAGCCGAAGGCAAAGGAUCCCAACAAAAGGGAUAUGAGUUUAGAGGAGAAACACAGAUUGGGAAUUGGAUUGCAGGGCUUGCCUCCUGAGAAGAUGGAUCAGGUGAUACAGAUUGUGAAGAAGAGAAGUGGACAUUUGAGACAGGAUGGGGAUGAGAUUGAGCUUGACAUUGAAGCAGUCGAUACAGAGACCCUUUGGGAACUUGACCGACUGGUGACGAAUUGGAAGAAAAUGAUGAGCAAGGUCAAGCGGCAAGCUCUCAUCAAUGACAAUACAAAUGCAGAUUCGAAUAAAGAGAAUAAUGAGAUAUCAUCUGUAAAUGAGAUGAUGAAUGAGGUUAAAACAGAGGCGAAGAAGCUUAGAAAAGGGGAUGUGGGUGAAGAAGACGUGGACAUUGGGGAUGAGGUGAUACCAAUGGGUGGUUUCCCUCCUGUUGAAAUUGAAAGAGAUGCAGCUGCUCGUGCUAGUAGUAGUUCUGAUAGCUCUAGUAGUUCAGGAAGUGAUGAUUCUUCCUCUUCUAGUGGUUCUGAUUCAGAUGGGAGCUCCUCCGAUAGUGAUUCAGAUGGUGAUGGUCAAUCAUAGGUGGCCAUUUUCUGUAAGCAAAAUACUAAAGCCGCUUACUGAACUCGCAGUCCACUGAAGCACAUCAGUAUCUCAAGUUUUCUGAGGUAUGGUGAAUAUAAAAUCAGCUUCUUCAUCAUUAUCAUUGUUACUUCCACGAUUCUUCACCAUGGCUGAAAAAAUAGAUGGAAUGGACUUUCAUGAUCUUAUAUUAUUCAGUGUUCUGAUUUUCAGAUGUGAAUUGUGAAGUUUAGAUUGGGGGUACUAAUGAAAAGAAGAGGGUUUUGGAACUUUUGGACCUUUCCACGUUUGGUGGCCAUUGCUUGUGGGUUGAAUGGAUCUUUGGGGGAUAUGAUAAAAAGAAAACUCGAAAAAGAUAUCAGAAGGAAGAGAAUUGUAGAUGGGCACGAGUUUAGAAUGGAAGAAAUAGAUUCAAGUUUUAUUUGUUCAUUUUAUUAUUAUUUUUAGUAGAAAGUAGGCUUUGUACAUAAACAAAUUCUUGAUUUCCCAGAUCGUGUACAUAUUUCCCGUUUUAUAUGUGCAAUGAGAUUUGUUCUUUCUACACCAAAAAAAGGAAGAAAACACAACGUUGUUUCCUGUAAA